UUUAGGACUAAAUUGACCAUUUGGGCACAAAAAAGCUGCACUAAACGACAAGCAUUUUCUGCUGUAUAACGUUACUUAGUAUUUAUUCUCUUUUGUUUCUUCAUAAGACCACCUUCACCACUCCUUCCCUUCCCUUCUCAAUAAAAACAGAGAAAAUAAAAUGCAAUAAGCAUAUAAAUUCAAUGAAGGGUAGUGAAACUGAAAUCUCUCUCAAACCAUCCCAAAAAACUAUGUCUUCAUCUUCUUCUUCUUCUUCUCCUAGUAGCGGAGUUGUGGACACUAACCCUUCACAACCUUCUGAUGUGCCAAUUUUUCGCCGCCGUUUAGAUUCUGAUCAGACUCCAGAGAUGAGUCUAAAAGCACCUGUGGUGAGACCUUAUGUUCGAUCAAAGUUGCCUCGGCUUCGUUGGACACCAGAUCUUCACCGUUGCUUUGUGCAUGCAGUUCAAAGGCUUGGAGGAGAAGAUAGGGCUACACCAAAGAUGGUUUUAACCCUAAUGAAUGUUAAGGGGCUUACUAUAUCUCAUGUCAAAAGCCACCUUCAGAUGUACAGGAGCAUGAAACAAGAGCAGAUGAUUGAAGCUGCAAAGAGAAAGGACAUGGCAGCUGGUUUAUCAGUUUCAGCAAUCUCCUCAGCCCUUGUUCCUAGCUACCAACUGAGUCAUGGCCAAAGAAUGGGUGCUUAUUGGCUAGAGUCUUUCAAUGGAACUCAAGGUAAUCAAUCAAUUGUGAUCUGUAACGGGGAUGAGCAGAAGAUGCACACUUACAUCCUCUUUGAUGGUAUUCUCAAAGGCCAGACUGUCCAAGGGACCAAAAGCGACCAACAAAGAUUUGGAGAUAUAAUCAGGAGAGGAGAGAGAGUGAAUGAAGACACAGUACUGUCCCCAUCAACAAACUCAGGAGGUCCAAACACAAAUGAUGUCUCUCUUGAGCUCAAACUCAACUGAAAUCAUGCUUCAUGCACAAAAUAAAAAAAAACAAGUCUAAGUUUAAUCCUUUUAUAUCUCGAUGGUAGAACUUUAAUGUUGGUUUUGGAAUGAACUUGUAAUAUUAAUGAUGGUUUUGUUUAGUUAACAUAAGAACAUAAUAUAUGCAUGCAUGUGGAUCAUAGUAUAUGAUGAAUUAUAGUUUAUAAUGACAUUGUAGUUCAAUGUGACUUGAUUAUAUCCAAAUUAGAAAUAUGACCGUAACUGUAUGAUUUUGUUUGCAA